AGCGCAAUUGAAUAUGAUUUCAUGCUCAACAUUACCUACUUGCAUAAAAAGUAAUGUAAAUUUAUGUGAAUCUGCGUAAUACUACGCAUCAUCUAGUGGUACCAUCGUGGCCCUCUGGCUUCUAUAAUGACCACCAGGGUCACCCAGAGUUGCCGUUUGCGCCAUUGAUGGCGCCCUAAUCGUUGACUGGCAGUUUGGCGGCGCCGUCCCCCAACCCGCGUGUUGUGUAUGUGCGCGGAGCGCUGAGCGAGAACUGGUCUCAGCUCAGUUACCGUUCCUAUACCGGAGCGUGUGCGUAGAUUUCUCCAGGCGUGCAAUAUGACCGACCGCGGGCCCCUUGUGCUAAAACCACCGACCGGGGACAAAGAUAAGAGAACUAUGGCACAUUUUGAAUUAUCCCCCACCCCCUUCGCGUACUGGGGAUGGGGGCCUGUCUCAUUCUUUUGCAUGUGAUUGGCUCGCAUUUUACGUUUCAGGCUGCAUAGAUGGAACCCACGUCCGGGUGCGGGUUCCAGCGCCCGAGGAGGACGUCUACCUGAGCCGUCAUCACACGACUACGCUGAACGUGGCAGUUGCCGGAUGCCGGCGAGCAUUCACUUUUGUGAGUGUUCAUGCUCCGGGCCGGACACACGACUCCCGUGCCAUGCAGACAUCUGGACUACCUGAACUGAUCCGUGCGACAGAGGCCACCCGCGGGGCCGGCGUGGUGCUUGCCGCUUGGCGAUUCAGCCUACCCAUCCCUGCCAUGGCUGGUGACACCCUACGACAGCGCGACGCCCGAGCAGGAGCGGUAAGUCAGUGUUAGCGGUCUGACCUGAUGCCUCAGAGAUUUCGCAAACACAGUCUAGGAAGGGAGUUGGUCUUCCAAGGGAUCUGCUUCAAUAAAAUUCACGUUAGUUUCAUGACCAGGGACUGUGUCUCGAUGCCGCAGCUUAACCAGCAGCACGCGGCCACACGUGUACUUGUGGAGCAGGCGUUCGGCAUCGCAAAGAUGCGAUGGGCCGCCAUCGACUGCAAGGAGCUGCGGCACACCAAGGUUGAGGACAGCGUCAACACCAUACUGGCCUGCUUCAUCCUGCACAAUUUGUGCUGCCAAUAUGGCGACGACGGCGAGUGGCUGGCAGCCGACGACCCUGCCCGCGCCGCCCGGCUGCUGACCAAGGAGGCUGCCGCGCCGCCCAGCGCUGUCGCCGGGAACCAAGAAGAGGCGCCUACAACGGUAGCGGAGAGGCACCGCGGCCGGCAAGUGCGGGACAACCUGCUGGCCGAUAAGAGGAGUGCCGGCUCAUCAAGUAUGGCGGCUGCUGAAGUCGAGUCCGGCGGCUGCUGUGACUGCGACGCGCAUCCGUCUCUAGCGGCAGAGUGCGGGCGAUUAGUAGUGUUCAAUUGUUUAUGCUCAAUGCAUACAAGUUGGCGAGCAAAUAACAUGUCAUGUUGUAAAGUUGCCAUUGAUUAUUUGAAUUGGACAAAUUAAUUCGUAUAAAUGUGAA